AUGCAUCCUAUAGUCUCAAAGGAAACAGAACCAUGUGAUGAUUUCAUGCUAUGUGUAACACCGCCAUCAAAGAAGGCUUUGAACGCCAUGAAGGAAUUCUCCCAAUCUUGCCAAGGCAUGAUUUUCUCCGAUAAAUGCCCUACGGAGGUGGAAGCAUCACCGUCCUUAUGGAUGUCACCAAUAAUCUCACCACGAGGGGGCACUGCCGGAAGCCGUGAAGAGGUGCCGGCAGCUAUGUCGGGUGUGCCCAGGCAAGGAGAAGUUGGAGGCAGCACUGCUGGAAACUGUGGAGAGGUGCCGGCAGCUAUGUCGGGUGUGCCCAGGCAAGGAGAAGUUGGAGGCAGCACUGCUGGAAACUGUGGAGAGGUGCCGGCAGCUAUGUCGGGUGUGCCCAGGCAAGGAGAAGUUGGAGGCAGCACUGCUGGAAACUGUGGAGAGGUGCCGGCAGCUAUGUCGGGUGUGCCCAGGCAAGGAGAAGUUGGAGGCAGCACUGCUGGAAACUAUGGAGAGGUGCCGGCAGCUAUGUCGGGUGUGCCCAGGCAAGAAGAAGUUGGAGACAGCGCUACGGGAAGCUGCGAGGAGGUGCCGGCAACUGUAUCAGGUGUCCUAAGGGGAGGGUAA